AUGGCCCACCAAGAUGCGCUGCCGGCCGCACGGCUGCAGCGGAAUGCAGAGCUGCUGCAUGCCGCAGCGGCGAACGAUCUAGAUACGUGCAAGGUGCUCCUGUCUCCGUCGGAUACGGCGAACGAGGUGUGGGACGGGUCGGCAGACGCGUGGUACGCCGACGAAGAGCUCGGCUGGGACGCUCUGCAUUAUGCUGCUGACCACAGCAAUGCGCCGCUCGUCAAGCUCCUGCUGCAGUGCGGUGCGCUGUGGAAUGCUGUGGACAACCUGGGGCAUACUGCAGGAGAUGUGGCGUGGUCGCGCAACGCGACACCGUGUUACACGCUGCUGCUCGAAGAGGGCGUGCGCCAGUCGUUCUUGACGGACCUGCUGGAGCGCCGCGCGAAUACCACGGUAGAUGAGGACGAGGCACAGCAAGACGACCAUGCCCGUCGCUCGGAAAAUGCACAGGGAACUUCGCUCACCCUCGUGCCUGGCACGCAGAACGAGGUGCAGGCGAGCAACAAGGCGUUCCUUGCGAGCCCCCUUACCUUUGAGAAGGACGAGCGAGGGCAGUGGCGGUGCCUGGAUCAGGACAAGAACAUGGUCAUGGCCGAGUGGGAGAACGAGAUCAUGCACGCCUCGGCACACGCGCUGUGUGAAGGCCAAGAGCCCGGCUUUUCUGUGCUGAAUGUCGGGUUUGGGCUGGGAAUCGUCGACGAGGCGAUCCAGACGUACCGCCCCGGGCGCCACGUUAUCAUUGAGCCACACCCCGACGCGCUCGCGUUCCUGCGCCAGCUCGGCUGGGACAAGCGCGAGGGCGUCGAGAUAUUUGAAGGGACCUGGGAAGAGUUUCUCACCCCCGAAAACGACCCUGAAGGCGAAAUCGCAAUGAAGCUCGGCACGUUUGACGCCAUCUAUUUUGAUACCUACUCGCAGGACUACCAGGACCUGCGCGCGUUCUUUGAGUGCCUGCCGAACGUCUUGUCGGGGCCCGAGUCGCGCUUUUCGUUCUUCCACGGCCUCGCGGCGACGAAUCGGUUUUUGUACGAGGUGUACACGCGCGUCAGCGAGCUCGAUCUGCGCGAGAUUGGGCUGGUGACCAAGUGGAAGAUGCUCUUCCCGGACGUGACUGAAGAGACCUGGAACGGCGUCAAGCGCAAGUAUUGGUCGCUCGACCGCUACUACCUUCCCAUAGCGCACCUGCAGCUCUGGUAA